UCCUGCAGCGCGGCACUAGCCCGCGACUCGGCCCAGACGGGACCGCAGCUGUUCCGGUGAAGCCGAGAGCGCUGGGGGAUCGCCAGGACCUGUAAUUUAAGGGCCAAGGAACUAAUAUUCCCAUCUGCCUUUGGCAAUCAUCUUUAACCCCCGGAGCACGUCAGCAUCCAGCCACUGCGGCGCUCAGUCUGCAGCACAGGGCUCGGGACUACCCCUUCGGCGAGACGGAUGGAAACCGAACCCCUCUGAGAACCAGCCCCCCCCCCGACGUUCUGGCCCAGCUCACCACCGUGAUCAAGGGUGGGUUAACUGCCCCCCCCCGUCUUUUCUACUGCGCUAUUUCUGCCCUGACCUACUCCCUUAAGUCUCCACACGCAUUCCUCGCAGAGGUCUGUAGCUUAGGACCCUGAAGAAUGGCCGAGCCGUGGGGAAACGAGUUGGCGUCCGCAGCUGCCAGGGGGGACCUAGAGCAACUUACUAGUUUGUUGCAAAAUAAUGUAAACGUCAAUGCACAAAAUGGAUUUGGAAGAACUGCGCUGCAGGUUAUGAAACUUGGAAAUCCUGAGAUUGCCAGGAGACUACUACUUAGAGGUGCUAAUCCCAAUUUGAAAGACCGAACUGGUUUCGCUGUCAUUCAUGAUGCAGCCAGAGCAGGUUUCCUGGACACUUUACAGACCUUGCUGGAGUUUCAAGCUGAUGUUAACAUCGAGGAUAAUGAAGGGAACCUGCCCUUGCACUUGGCUGCCAAAGAAGGUCACCUCCAGGUGGUGGAAUUCCUUUUGAAGCACACAGCCAGCAAUGUGGGGCAUCAGAACCAUAAGGGGGACACUGCCUUUGAUUUGGCCAGGCUCUAUGGGAGGAAUGAGGUCCUUAGCCUGAUGGAGGCAAACGGGGUUGGGGGAGCCACAAAUCUGCAUUGAGUUUGGGGAGGGCUUUCCCACAUUGCCUCUGCUUUGUCAGUUAAUUGGUUGGCUGCCUUGACUAUUUUAAUAUCGGUCCUUAAUAUAGUUUUUUUCAUAUUUUAAGCAGCUAGUUACAUCUUCUGAAACUGCAUAUGUGGAAUUCUUACUACAGGAUUUAUUUAAGCAAUAUUUUUUCACCAGCAAAAAUACUGAUUUCUAACACAUAAUUGGGAAUAGCUUUGCUUUCUUCUGAAUAUUUUAUCCUCCCUUGACUUUUUCUUUGCUUACCCAUUACUCCUGUGCUGAUCUCAAUAUCCAACUUGGAAGCUUUGUUUUUAGAAUGGUUUGCUCUGAUGAUUCUUUUGCCCAAUUAAAACACUUUUUCAGAACAGGAUAAUGUUUUUCUGUGAUUUUUCUCUCUUCUAUAACCCAUACACAACUUAGUACAGCUAAGAACUGUACUAAAAGUUCAUGUUUUAGAUCUUAGUAAAGGUAGACCGUUUGAAAACUAGAUAUAUUCUGUUUAUGGUUCAGUUAUUCUUUUCUCUCUCUCCUUAUACCGCCCCACAGAUUUUACUUGCUGCCCAGUAUUUCUGCUUUAAAACAAAAUAAGAGUAACAUUUUUUGGAGAUCAAACCUGCAAUAAUUUCUGUAUGAAUUUCUCCCAAUAUUCAAUCUUUCAUUUUUCUCAAAGUCAGUUGAAGUUUCAGAAGUAGUGAUCUGAAGACAAAUAUAUGUGUGAGCUCUGAAGCCAUUUAAAAUUUUUUUCACCUUAAAAGUGCUUCCUAUUAGUUGAUUUUUAAGUUAAAAAAAUGAAACAAGUCAUAUUUUCCAAAAUUGUGCCAUAAGUAUACU